AUGAACCAGGAGAUCAAGAUGCAGGCGGCAGCCUUCAAAGACAAGAAAUGGGGGUCCCCAGACAAUAAAGAAGGUGCAGAUGACCCUUCCUAUGAGAAUAUCAUCUUCAAAACCCAGCAGCAGCCAAAGGGCAGUCAUUCACCAGCCAAGAAUAAGGCCCAGUCCAAGCCACCCUCCGACCCCGCCCAGGUCCCCCGUUGGUUGCCUGGAGCCAUGAUGAACCUGUAUGUUCUCCUCGCUGUGUCCUGCGUCAUCCUCUUAGUCUUGGUCCUGGUGAAGAAUUCCGAGAUGUCCCAGGAGCUGCUGGUCUUGAAAAGGGAGCUCCAGAACGUCUCUCUUUCGGUGGGAGAGUGCCAGGAGGAGGGGAAGAAGCGCUGGAGCGAUGUCGAUCAGAGCAUCAAGGCGGCCAAGCAGAGCAUUGACAUGGUCAAGAGCAAGGUCCAUGAAGGGAACCAGAAACUGAGGACGCUGGCGACAGUCUCAAACAUAAACGAAAUCAAGACUACAUUACAGGAAAUCCUCCAGAUGCUGAAGAUGUCAAAUCCAAAGCCCACACCUCAAUAAAAGAAAAGACAUCAGAGCCCUGGCUGCACCUCGGAGGACAAGAUAGCACCUCUCGGUGAAGAUGGAAAAUGG